AUGACACUUUUAUACGAAGCUCAUGAGGAAAAACAUCACCUUCCAGAUAUGUUCGGUAGCCUUGAUUGCACCCAUUUCGUUUGGCGAAUGUGUCCCACAGAGUAUCGAGACCAGUAUAUGAGAGGAGAUCACCGAUACCCGACUGUUAUGCUUGAAAUGGUUGCAUCUCAAGAUUUAUGGGUUUGGCAUGCUUUUUGCGGUCCACCAGGUUCACAAAAUGAUAUCAAUGUGCUACAACAAUCUCUUUUAUUUUUAACGGAACGAAAUGGAACCGCGCAUAAAUGUCCAUUUUACGUUAACAACCAUUUAUACAAACGUGGUUAUUUGCUCGUGGAUGGAAUUUACCCUACAUGGUCCGUGUUUGUGAAAUCGAUCCCAUACCCUCAUGAAAUAGACGAAAAGAAGUUCAAGAGGCAACACGAGGCGGCAAGAAAAGACGUCGAACGACCUUUUGGUGUUAUGACGUCGAAAUGGGGUGUAUUGAGUCGGCCGAUGCGAGCAAGGAGCGUUAAAAAAAUUAGGAAUGUUGUGUACACGUGUAUUAUUUUACACAGCAUGAUUUUAAAAGACGACGGAAACGCGAUAGCACCGGUACACAUUCAGGAUCCUCCGGUCGAGCCCGCUCUAGACGAUAGGCUGUUGGACGAGCUUAUGGAUGAAGACACGCAUUGGAGACUAAAACACGAUCUCGUGAAUCAUCUCGCUAGUCAACAUUUACCUCACCUGUUGGUCGAUUCUGACGAAGACUAG